CGUCUCUCACAGUGAAUCCUGAGAAGGAGAAACAUUUUACAGAUCAUACUGUCUCACUUAACUGUGGAGGUAGCUCAACUGAGUGGAGAGUAAUGAAAUAUACAGUAAUAAACCGUCAGUCAUACUUAUCUGACUGCUCCACUUCGUGGGAAAUGACUGGAUCAUCAUGUACCAUCAACAGCCAGCAGUUCGAUGAAUCUGUGUACUGGUGUGAGACUCAAAGAGGAGAGUUCAGCAAUGCAGUCAACAUCACUAUAUACAAGCCAAAACCUGUCCUGACGGUGUCUGCAUCAUGGCUGGGCCCUGAAGCAUCAGUUAAACUGAAGUGUCAGAUUGAAAAACUGUCUGCAGGCUGGAGGUUCUACUGGUAUAAAGCUGUUCCUGACUUAUCACUGGACACCUACAAGUAUCAACUGUUGUCUGAUAACAUCAAAGGGACUGUAGAGGACUCCUACAUCAUCCAUAGACAGACACUCACAGCAGGAUAUGCAUGUAGAGCUGUAACAGGGAACCCAGGGUAUUUCACAGAUUACAGUGAACCAAACUUUGUCUGGUCUCCAGAUUCUCAUUCAGCAGAGUCUCUUAUAGUAACUUCUGACAGAGAGCAACACUUCACCUCCGAGUCUUUGACACUGAACUGUGGUGGAAACUCUACUCAGUGGAGAGUAAAGAGGUUUACAGAAACAGGAUAUCUCACAUAUAUCAAAAAUUGCUCAAACUGGAGAGCAAUGACUGGAUCCUCAUGUACCAUCAACAGUCGUCGGUCCUAUAAAGCAGUAUACUGGUGUGAGUCUGGAUCAGGAGAGUUCAGCAAUGCAGUCAACAUCACUGUACAGGGUACAGAGUGA